AUUUAUGGCCCCCUUUUUACCAACCCCUCAUGGAAUGUCCAAUUUGUUUCACUCCAACCAAUUUCAUAGCACAGUACCAAUGCAAACAUAAAUUCUGCUUGAAAUGCAUGACAAGGGUGCUCUUUCUGUUCGAUGACUGCAAAUGCAUGGUGUGCAAACGUGAAAGUGGACGUAUCGUGGUGAGGGAAGAAGAAGAUCGUGAGGAAAGGAUCAUUGAUAAGAACGAUGGUUGUGGCACAGAUGAUAAGAACGAUAGCUGUGCUGAGCACAGUACUAUCAGACAUGGCGGUGCGAAGUACGGUGCUAUCCCUGCUAGGCCGUGUUUACCCAACGAGAACACGGAACACAAAAAUGGUGGCACGUGUACCGCUCACAACGGUGUGCACGACAGAUUGGAAAUACGGUGCGCACAGGCACUGGAAGACGUAAAACAGCUGCUGCUCCAGAAAUGCAACAAAUGCCCGCAAACACUGCCAUCAUUCGCAUCGCUGCGCGAGCACUACAAAGAAGCGCAUGCGCUCGUUCUGUGCAUGCUGUGCCAGAACAACAAGAAAUUGUUCAGCAGCGAGUACGAAGCGUUUGCACCGCGAGAACUGGCGGUGCACAACCGGUACGGCGACAGGAACGUAGGGUUCAAAGGGCACGUGUACUGCCCGUUUUGUAAGGAGUACUGCUAUGACGAGCGGAGUGCACACAAGCACGCGAUAAAGCAGCACUUUCUGUGCACGCUGUGCGAUGCAAACGGGCUGCGGAACCGUUUUUAUAGGGACAGCAAGGAUUUGCAGAUGCACUCGUACAACCUGCACUACACGUGCUUUCUGUGCAGGAAUAAUUUGUAUUUUUACAGGGGAGAGGUUGUUGUGCACCUUGGAGAGGUGCAUGGUAUAAGGAAGCGUAUGGAGGAGAUAGCGGUUAAGAAGGAUAGCACGGUGUACUUUGAUCCGUAUGCUGAGAGGGGUGUUAAGAGGAGCAGCAGGAUUGUGAACAGGGAUGGUGGUGUGGAUGAUAGGACGAGUAGGGGUGAUAGGACGAGUAGGGGUGAUAGGACUAGUAGGGAUGAUAGGACUAGUAGGGGUGAUAGCUCGGCUAGAACGGGUGGAAAUGGAAAUACUGUUAAUAACGGCAGCGCCAGGGGUAGCAACCGCACUGACAGCUGUGCCAAUUCCAACAACACUUCCUCUUUCGCUCCUCAUCACGGCUCUGCCAGUGCCAACAAGCACAAAUCAUAUUUUUAUGAAAGUACGGAUGGCAAAAAGAUAAAUUUGGAAUUUGUGGAGCAUAACACCAAGAACAAGGUGAAAAAGGGAGAGAUCGAUAAAAUAGAGAAUGAUGUGGCAUUUCCAUCGUUUGGUACGGAUGGGCAGGGCAGUGGUACGUGUGACGGACCGGAGUACCUCAAUUUAAGUAUCAUAAGGAACGAAAGGAUGAAUGAGCAUCGAAAGGUGCAAUCGAUACAGAAAAUAGUAAAAGGUGCGAAGAGCAGGGAGGUGUACAACAUUGUAAAUGAGUACGAGCACAGAAAGAUGAGCAUAAGAGAGUGCUAUGAUAGCAUGUGCAUGCUGGUGAGCAAGAGAGAGGCAUUCUUGGUGUUGGACACGCUUAUAAAGAUGGGGCUGAUGGACAGGGAUGAGAGAAAGGCGUUCGAGUGCAUCAAGAAGGAAUGCGAGUUUCCGUGUUUUAAGAAGGGGGAGGAUAAGAGCGGUACGGCUAGUGUGGUAAGGAAGGAUAGGGAGGUGAAAAUGAAGUUUAUGGUACUGAAUUUGAAGGGCGGUAAGAAGAAGGAUGCGGGUUGAGGGAUGCAAUGACUGGUGCGGUAUUACGAGAUGAAGCGUAAUGCGUAUGGUACAACAAGAUGGUACUUUGAGCUGCACGUCAAUGAUUUAAUGACGGAAGAACUGGUAGUACCAGACAAGUACUUACUAAUGGGCACGGCCAAGUGGUGCCGUAUAAUACGCUUUAAACCAAGCAGUUUGUAAUACCGGUAACAUCCUCAAAGAGCGUUUAUCUGAAGGAAACGUUAAAAAUAUUUGUUUUUAC